GUGCGGGGUUGUUUUUGCUACCCGGACGCAUUUCUGUUUUGUUCCUAUUCAGAAUUAACCGUUGCCGCGCUACAGAAAACAUGGCAGCUCAGAUGGCAACCACGAAAGUGCCUGAAGUGCGUGAUCUCACCAAGAUAGAGAGAAUCGGUGCACAUUCACACAUUCGUGGCCUUGGCUUGGACGAUGGUUUGGAACCACGACAGGUGUCCCAGGGCAUGGUGGGGCAGCUGGCGGCUCGAAGGGCUGCUGGACUGAUAUUGGAGAUGAUUAAAGACGGGCACAUCGCUGGGCGUGCAGUGCUUAUCGCUGGCCAGCCUGGGACGGGCAAGACUGCCAUCGCUAUGGGUAUCGCUCAGUCACUUGGUCAGGACACACCUUUCACUGCUCUGGCAGGAAGUGAGAUCUUCUCUCUGGAGAUGAGCAAGACAGAGGCCCUGAGCCAGGCUUUCCGCAAAGCCAUCGGCGUCCGAAUCAAAGAGGAGACAGAGAUCAUUGAAGGGGAAGUGGUGGAGAUUCAGAUCGACAGGCCUGCAACGGGAACGGGUGCGAAAGUGGGUAAGCUGACUCUGAAGAGUACAGAGAUGGAGACCAUCUAUGACCUGGGCAAUAAAAUGAUUGAAAACCUCACUAAAGAGAAGGUCCAAGCUGGGGAUGUGAUAACUAUCGAUAAAGCCACAGGGAAGAUCUGCAAACUGGGCCGGUCUUUCACCAGAGCCAGAGAUUACGAUGCCAUGGGACCACAGACAAGGUUUGUGCAGUGUCCGGCGGGUGAACUGCAGAAACGUAAAGAGGUCGUUCAUACGGUCUCGCUGCAUGAGAUUGAUGUGAUCAACAGCCGCACACAGGGAUUCCUGGCACUGUUCUCAGGAGACACAGGAGAGAUUAAAUCUGAGGUACGCGAGCAGAUCAACGCCAAAGUGUCUGAGUGGAGAGAGGAGGGGAAGGCUGAGAUCAUUCCUGGGGUCCUCUUUAUAGAUGAAGUCCAUAUGUUAGACAUCGAGUGUUUCUCCUUCCUAAACCGAGCCUUAGAGAGCGAUCUCUCCCCUGUCCUCAUCAUGGCCACUAACCGAGGCAUCACCAGAAUCCGAGGCACCAACUACCAGAGUCCUCACGGCAUUCCUAUCGACAUGCUGGACCGCCUGCUGAUCAUUGCUACGUCUCCAUACACUGAGAAGGAGACCAGACAGAUCCUUAAGAUUCGGUGUGAGGAAGAGGAUGUGGAACUGAGCGAGGAAGCUCACACAGUGCUGACGCGUAUCGGACAGGAGACGUCACUCCGCUACGCCAUACAGCUCAUCAGCACCGCAGGACUGGUGUGCCGCAAACGCAGGGGUACCGAGGUCCAGGUAGAGGACAUUAAACGUGUCUACUCUCUCUUCCUGGAUGAAGCUCGCUCUUCACAGUACAUGAAGGAGUACCAGGACUCCUUCCUCUUCAAUGAAGCACAAUCAAGUCAGAUGGACACAGCUUAAGGAAGGCUGAGAGGAAAGGAUUUUUUUCUGAUACGUUCCUGUGAUGUUUUAUUAACUCUUGAGGCCACAAUGCACUGAUGCCUGUGAAGUGCUUUUCUUCUUUCCGGAAGAGAUUCAUAUGCACAUUAUAGCUGUUUGUUUAUUUCAAAAAACAAAUCCCUACUGUUUGCCUUGUUAGUACUUUCUUUGCUUAGAAUUUACAUUUGAAAUUUGCGUUGAUUUCUAACACCUACGGUAUUACUUUUCCAUAAAAUAAAUAAAUAAAGACAGUCUAAAAACCUCUAA